AUGAAGAAAGUUAUCACAAUCGCUGGAGCUAUCCUACUAGGAACUGUAGUUGCAACAAGCAAUACUGACGAAUUGAGAAUUAUCCGGAAAUUAAACAGAGAACUAGCAACUGCUGAGAGAGACAUUGCUACUAUCAAGGAUUUUCUUGAAGGAAUGUAACAAAGAAAGAGAGCCAGAUCUGCAGAUCCUCGUGUAGAAAAAUCAUCGAUUUGGAGCAAAAUUCACCACGGCACUGGUAUUCUCAAUGAUCUAACUCAGACUGGUAUCGCUAUCUAUGGUGCCACAAGACAGCCUCAUGUCGAGAACUACAAUGGUCCUUACUACAUGGAUUACAUGCCUCAUGAAGAAGAUGAUAUUGAAGUCUAAGGACUAGGAGGGCUAAGCGGACUAGCCUGGCUUUAAAAUAGAGGAACUGGAUUUGAUGAAAAAACUUGCAGUUUCUAUGGUGAUGGCUGGGAUAUGGCUGCCGACCGAAUGAUGCAAUAAGAAGAAGCAUGCAGAAUGAGAAACUAAUAAAAGCAUCCAAAAGUUCAAGGUCUUUUCUCAAGCCUUGGCAGAAUCGGAAAGAUGUUCAAGCCAAUUUCAUCCAUGACCAAGUCCUUCUCUAAUAUUGCUAAGCCAGCUUCAAACUUCGGCAAAAUCCUUGAAGGAGCUAAGACUGGUACCGAUAUUAUCUCAGGCUUAGCUGGAGCAGGUACUGGCAUGUACUCAGACAUCAUGCAAGGUCAGGCUUCUCAAGCUGAAUAGCAGUACUAUCAAUAACAAAUGCAAUAAUAACAGUAGCAACAACAGUAAGAUUAACAAUAGCAACAACAGUAAGAUUAACAAUAGCAAUAUCAGCCAGACCCAUCUCAAAUGGAAGGAGAUGAUUAGUAGCUAAAUGACGAUGGAUUUGAUCCAUACGGCCCAUAUGUACAACAAUUUAUUGCUUUGAACCCAUCAGUAUAUUAUGGUCCUUCUGUUGUUCCUUUCUAUCCUUAUGAUUGA